GGACAAAAACACUGCGGUUGAUUAUUUUGUGUAAAACAUUACAUUGCAUGGUUUUGGUCAGGUAGGCUACAGCAUCCUCAAGCGUCCAGGUAACAAAUACAGGGGUUUAGUUCUUUAAACGCAAACGCUAUUUUGUUUUAAUUUUCAACUGUCUUUCAGCAACGUGGAUGCUCGAAGAGACUGGCCUCCAGUAUUAAACAGCAAACGAGUUUUUUCUGAAGCGAAGCAUCACCACAGGGAUUAACACUGCUGGAAACUUGUAACUCUUCUCGGGCUCUUCAGGAUGUUUUCCACGGCUCUCUUCCUCGGCGUUUUUGCGCAUCUGGUUACUUUUACGCACGGGUGCCAGCUCCCCACUGAGUGGCGGCCGCUGAGUGAGGGCUGCCGGGCGGAGCUGGCAGAGAUCAUCGUGUACGCCCGGGUCCUGGCGAUCCACCGGGAGCCCCUGGGCGGAGGGGCGGGCAGCCUGUACAAUUCGCUGCCCUUCGGGUUCGGGUAUGGGUACGAGGGCGCGGAGGAAGGGCUGCUAUACUCAGCGGAGGUGGAGUUGCUGUGCGACCAGGCCUGGGGCAGCAUGCUGGAGGUGCCCACUGGAUCAAGACUCAAUCUGACCGGAUUGGGGUACCUGUCCUGCCAGUCCCACACCGUAAUGGAGAACUACUCCUACUUCUUCUUCCUCAGGAUGGAUGAAAACUACAACAUCCUGCCCCACGGCGUCAACUUCCAGGACGCCAUCUUCCCCGACACGUCCGAGAACAGGCGCACGUUCUCCAGCCUCUUCCAGUUCUCCAACUGCACCCAAGGCAGCCAGCCUUUCCACACCUUCAGCCCCGAGUGGGACACCCAAGAGGACAGCAGGCUGCUGUGUUCCUCGGUGCAGGCCGCGUUGUUCGAGGAGGAGGAGCGAGGCCGCAGGCUGCAGGAGCGCCUGGCAGCGGCAGAGAGGAGGAACCGGCAGCUGAAGGAGCGCGUUCGGAAGGUGAAGCGCUCCCUGAGGAAUGCCCGCAAGGCUGCACGCAAGGCCGAGCAGGAGGCGCAGGAGCUGCAAGAGAGGCUGAAGGCUGCAGAGCGGAUGGCGGGGCAUCACCUCAACACCAUAACACAGGAGGAGCCUCCGCCUGGGCGUUAUGCGAGCAAGGCGAGACACCAGCGAAUGCAACUUUAACUAAUCUCACCUGCCCCACACUGUUACCCACCUGGACUGAAAACAGCCAUUGGAGAUCAAGAGACUGCUGGGCGGUCUCAAUGUAAAGGACAAAUAAAUAGCAACUGUCACAUCUGCAUAAACACACUUUUAAAGUAAUAAUCUACAUAGUUUUCUUGUAAAUAAACUCCUCUUUCUCUCUUUUGUAUCCCUCAUUGCUAAAACACAAGAGUAAUUAUCAGGACCGUUCCUGGUCAUCUGACAAAGAACAAAAAAUUUUCCUGAAAGAGAAUCAAAAAUGUAUUUUCUCGAUGAUUCCUCUUGCAGGAGGAGCCGUACUUUAGGUCUGCUGCAUUCUACAACUGGAUUCAGUUGCUGCUCACAUGCUCUUCUCAGGCCGUAAUCACACAGGAUGUGUUUUUGCUCCAACACAAAGCACAGCUAUGAGUGACAAUAAUAACAGUACCAGCAAGAGCUCAUUAUUAUACGAGUGAUGCAUUAUUGUUUGCCAUUCAACUGAGAUGCAUUAUGGGAAGCAUGGGAUCCAGUGUUUGAAUAUCAGGAUAUCUCGACCUCUGCUGCAUCGAUUCUGGCAAUUCUAAUAAAAAAAUCUGGCUCUGGCAGGAGGCCCAACAUCA